AUGGGAAUCACUGGUCUUUCGUCUCUUUUUAAACACACAAAAAAUCUGAAUUUUCUGGAAAGGUUAAUUGCGGCAGUGGAUGCGUAUUGCUGGCUUUACAAAGAUGCUAGUUUGUUCGCUGAAGAUGUCGUGAUAAGGAACGACAAUAAAAAGUAAGUUCAAUCAUUAAAUAUUUAUGUAUUCUCCUCGAGGUUGAGGUAGUCUCAUCCGUGUUUACAUUCUUUUAUUAGAUGCAUUGAGCCCUGUGCGGCAUAUUUGGAUGUUUUAGAGGAGAAUAACGUCACUGCAGUUGUUGUUAUGAUUGGUAGAAAGUUAGAAGAGAAAAUAGUAAACGAAAAUCAGGCAAAGUACGACCUCCAAGCGUUUGAGAGUUGUUCGUCUUGUUAUAGAAAUUUUCAAAUUAAAAUCUGUUCCUUUGAAGAAUAA